GACGCAAAGAAGAUCCAAAACACCAAAGUAGCGUAAGCGCCAAACCCUUCCUCUCUCUCCACACCAAUCGGAUGGCUGAUAAUAAACCUCAGCCACCACCGUUGAUCUCAACCGUUCAUGGGUUGUCUUAGCAAAAUUUUGUUUAGUAGCCUUGUCCUCUAAUCUAGUCUAGGCGUUGUUGUGUUGUUGAAUUCUAAGUUGCAGGUUGUUUAGUCUCUCUCUCUAGCAUUUUCCCUCUCUCUCUCUAGCAUUUUCAUCUGUAAUUUUCCCUGCAAAUUCUCCAUUAUCAUUAGCAGAAUCUAACACUUGCCUAACCAAUACACACAUUGUUUCGAUAACCAUUUCACCAAUCCAAAUCCAAAUCCAAAUCCGACAAUGGACACAAUGCUGGUACCUCCAUGGCUAGAACGAUUGCUAAACACAGCCUUCUUCUCCAUUUGCCGGACACACGGUGACGCCGCCAGGAGUGAGUGCAACAUGUACUGCUUAAAUUGCAAUGAAAAUUCAUUUUGCUUUUAUUGCAGAUCAUCAAAACACAAGGAGCAUCAAGUGAUACAGAUAAGGAGAUCUUCAUAUCAUGAUGUGGUGAGGGUGUCAGAGAUUGAGAAGGUUUUGGAUAUAAGUGGAGUACAAACGUAUGUGAUAAACAGUGCAAGGGUUUUGUUUCUGAAUGAGAGGCCUCAACCAAAGACAGGGAAAGGAGUUUCUCACAUUUGUGAAAUCUGUGGGAGGAGCCUCUUGGACCCUUUUCGUUUCUGUUCUUUGGGCUGUAAGCUUGUAGGAAUAAAGAGAAAUGGGGAUGCAAGAUUUACAUUAAUGGGAGGUGAAGGGGGGAUGUCAAGAAGAGUGAUAUCAUCAUCAUCAUCAAGAGAGGAUGAAGAAUUGCGUGAAGGCUCACAACAAGACAUGUACCCGCCCACGCCACCUCCACCUCCUUCUACUGCAAGGAGAAGAAAGGGCAUUCCACAUAGAGCACCCUUUGCCUCCUAAUUAUUUUAAUCAUAUAUAUAUAUAUAUAUAUAUAUAUAAAUAUAUAUAUACACAACUCAUUGUUAAUUAUUUGUUGCACAAAUAUUAACCCUUCUUUUGGGGGGGUUACUGUCCCAAAACAAUUGUAUUCGUAGGUCACCCUAUGGGAUAGGGAUGAACAAAAGGGUGAUAAAGGUUUAAUUCUCUUUUGUUAUAGGGUGGGGUGGGGUCCAAAUCAAAAUUAAAGAAACAAAAGGCAAUAAUAAUGCAACAUUGUUAUUGAUAGUUGCAAGGUUGUACAUGCAAUUAAUUAAGAAAUAUAAAAAGCAAGUCUUUGUGGAGUCCGUUUUAUACUUUUCAUUGGCCCACCAACCCACAUGGGCCGUUUACAAAAGGAAACAACUUUUUAUUGUUAAAUACACGUAACGGGGCAAAUC